AUGGACAAUUUCGGCUUUGGUGUGCUCGGAGGCAUUUUUGCCUCCGGCGGAGGUGGUGAGGAAGAGGUCGACAAUCGACCGAAGGUUUUACAGAGAACCGACAGUUUCGCUGACUACACCCCUCCUGAAAUAACCAAUUUCCAGCCAAGCACACUUCAAAAGAAGCUGAAGCAGGAUUCGGGGGCUGUAGAAUCAAUAAUGCCGGUCAAGAUAUCGCAGAUAUUGGCAAACCUUAGCGAAGGCAACCAAAAAUUUUCACUUUACAAUCAGGCCAUUGGUGCCAUAUGCAUCGUUGGACAAAUCCAGGAUUUGGAGAAGCUGACAUCUGCGGUGUACUUCCAACUAACGGACGAGACAGGGUCGAUUGCGGUUAAUUACACCGACGAGGGAUUCGCGGUGCAGCAGGGUGACUAUGUGCAGGUGGUUGGUUCGCUGGUAUUACUUGCAUCCGAUAACUUCUAUGUGGAUGCACAAAACGUGAUGUUAAUUGGGAACGAUAUCGAUCACUACCCGGACCUGCUUAUGCACCACAACGUGCUGGUGGCCUACACGGCUUUCAAUCUCGACCUAGGAUCGAAGCUUAAACUGCAAAACAAGCAUACCGGCAAAAUAUCGGAGCUCCCCGGUCAGAGCACCGGCAGGGUUAGUAUCGCAGACAUAGAAUCGGUGGCUCUCGGAGAGCUCUACGACCACAUCACUGAGCCGGUGGAGCGGUUGAUACUGCAGUACCUGAAGGCGCGCCCAGACACUCUGGCGAAACGAAGCGACAUUAUGGCGUGUUUAUCGGAGCGAUACGUAGGUUAG